AUGGAGUCAACCAUGGACAUCGGAUCUAUGUCGUGGGAUGAGAUACAUUCACAUGUUGCAGAACCCACGCCAGGACGUUCGGUCAACAUGGAUUCAUCCAUGGACCCAUCCACGUUGGAUACGUGUUGGUACGCUGCUCCUCCCGCGCUGGCAUCGGUGCCACUAUGA